UGUAAAGUCGGUCCAGCAGCAGGACGCCGGUCAGUACUGGUGUGAGGUGGAACACCAGGGUCAGACGUUCUCCUCGGACCGGGCCUGGGUCACAGUUGAAGGUGUUCCUCACUUCACCGAGGAGCCUCAGGAUGUGGCCGUGUUCCCCAACACUCCCUUCAACCUGUCCUGCUCUGCCGUCGGCCCACCAGAACCUGUGGAGGUGCUGUGGUGGCUGGGAGGAGUCCAGAAGGGGGACCCCAAACUGUCCCACUCUGUCCUCCGUGUCCCAGGUCAGUCGAGAAGGGGGGUCUCUGCAGAACAUGUUGUCCUGUAGGCGGAGAUGGCCCAAAUCAUGAUUGGC